AUGACGGCUGUAUUUUCUGCCACGAGGAAGGAGCACUCGGGCUUUUCUCCAGAUCCUUCAAGAAGCCCCACCGCGCAGAGAUACUAUAUUGAAAGCCCAAGCGUCUCCAUCAAGCCAUCUGUGCGUGACUAUUUUCCAAGUAAUUAUCAGAGUCAGGCCACAUCUUCGAAUCCUUCAUCAACCUUGCCUUCGCCAACUACGGAACCACUACCUUACACCCCCGCAACCAUUAGCAGCCUGUCACUCAACGUCGCCAACGAUCACGGGGAGGAAAUUAUAUUGCCUUCCUACGAUACCAAUGAUGUCAUCAAAAAGGAGCAAAAGGACCCGGAAGAAACUCUCAGCGAGACCUCUGCUGAAUGUUCAACAGACUUUCAACGUGAGACUUUUCGGACGCCAGUGGCUGACGAUAGCUCAGUUGAAGAAGAACCAUCUAGACAUGUCGAUUAUCUCUCCCAUGAAUGGAAAGAAGAAGAUAUGUGGUCAUCCUGGCGUUAUGUGGCCGCUCGUCGAGAUAUAUAUAGCAAUGGGGCGAGGCUGGAGAACGCUUCGUGGAGAACAUGGGCAAAGCUUAAGCACAAUUUGGGCACGAUCUCUGCCGAAUCCCUCAACUGGCUAAAGGACUGUGACGUAACGUGGCUGUAUGGCCCCUUGAAAACAAACAACCGCGAAAUAGCACACAACACUUCACCUCCAUCCAGCCGGCUUGAAACUCCAAAUUUUAAUCCAGAAAAAAAGUCUAUAUUGAAGAAAAAAACUACAUCUGAAGCCAUUUUACAACGCUCUUUAUCCCAGCACACCCUCCUACAACAUGCUGGCGCUAUUUUGAAGGCCCAAGAAGCGGAGAAUAGUCGGAGUCGACCUGCGUUUUCAAUGCCGAAAUCUGAAUUUGGGCAAAUGCGAAAUCAAAUAUCUACAUUUACAUCAUCUUCGAUUGGUAAUACUCCGACGAAUGCGGUAUCGUCUGGUGUUAUGACACCCAACGGAAGGCGCCGUAUUCAUUUUAACAAUGAGGUGGUGCAAUGUAUCGCUGUCGAGGACAACAACUGGUCGAACGUUUUUGAGAACAAAUUUUCCUCGGAUGAUGAUGUUGUAACAAUGAGACAGAUUCUCCCAAAAGCACCAGUCAGCAAUCAAAGUCCUCACCGCGGAAGCCUCAGCAACGAGAACAAAACCAUUGCCCCUCUUCCUUCGACCACCCUCAAGUACCGUGGGGACACACCCCAAUCCUCCGGAAAAUCGAUCAUGGAUUGUUGGUCUGGCAGUUUCUGGGCGCCUAGGCCCCCCCCCAGACACUCUACAGAAACUCUUCGGCCUUCUGGGCCGUCAGCAAGGUUUCUUCUAGAUUGUGACGAUGGGGAUGCCCUACGUUUCAGUUGGCAAACCAAACUACCUCCAUACGAUUCUUAUCAAAGCCAUCCUUGGUUCGUGAAUCCUGAGGAUGAAGCGGAACUAGAAAAUGACCGGUGUCUUCAAGUGGGCUCUUCUGAUACAUUUAUGCCUUAUAAUGAAGGGGUUUUGCCUCAUACUGGAUUCUUCUACAAAGUGAUUGACACAGUCAAUACAGCCAGAGAUAUUGCCCAUGUGAUAUGGAACGUUGGUUGGCGGCGAUGA